AUGCGGUUGCCAGGCUCGUCGCUCGCGGCGGUGGUGCUGACGGCGCCACUGCUGGUGGCCGGGCAGCUCGACUACUACGCCAAGAAGGCCGGGCUGCAGUACUUUGGGGCGGCGACGGACACGCCGGGGCAGCGGGAGCGGGCGCCGUUCCCGGCGACGUAUGCGACGUACUCGGCCAUCCUGACCAACCCGCGCGAGUUUGGGCAGACGACGCCGACCAACGGCAUGAAGUGGCUGUUCACGGAGCCCGAGGCGGGCGUGUUCAAUUACACCGAGGGCGAGGUGGUGGCGGGGCUGGCGGCGGCGACGGGCAAGACGCUGCGGUGCCACGCGCUCGUGUGGCACAACCAGCUGGCGCCGUGGGUCGAGAACACGACGUGGACGCCCGACACGCUGCGGGCCGCCAUCACGCGCCACGUGGCCAACGUGGCGAGCCACUGGAAGGGCCGGUGCCACGCGUGGGACGUGGUCAACGAGGCGCUCGAUGAGGACGGCACGUACCGCAAGUCGCUCUUCUACAACGUGUUGGGCGAGGAAUACAUCAAGCUGGCGUUCCAGGCGGCGGCGAAGGCGGACCCGGGGGCCAAGCUGUACUACAACGACUACGGCAUCGAGCGGCCGGGGUCGGUCAAGACGGCGGGGGCGCUGCGGCUGGUCAAGAUGCUGCGCGACGCCGGCGUGCGCAUCGACGGGGUGGGCAUGCAGGCGCACCUACACGCCGAUGUACAUCCAACAGCGCAGGACCACGUCGACACCAUGAACGCCUUCACGGCGCUGGGCGUGGCCGAGGUGGCCUUCACCGAGCUCGACGUGCGCAUCGAGAUGCCCGUCAACGCGACCAACCUGGCGUGGCAGGCCGACUCGUACCGGGCCGUGGCCACGGCGUGCGUGCGCGUGCCGAAGUGCGUCGGCAUCACGCUGUGGGACUUUUAUGAUCCGUUCAGCUGGGUUCCAGACACGUUCCCCGGCCAGGGCGCGGCGCUGCUGUGGUUCGACAACUUCACCGUCCACCCGGCCUACGACGUGCUCAUCGACACCUUCAAGGGCCUGGCAAAAGCGAACCUGACCGCCCCAUCCCACUUGAAGGGCAGUCUUUGCAGAGUCGAUGGUAUCAAGUAA